ACGAAAAUGUUUGAUCAAGUUCAAGAACGUCACACACGCUUGAGAGUAUGAGAUCUCAAUGAUGGCCAGUGACUGAAUUUUGUAGCAGAGAGAGAAUAGCAUUUGUUCAGCAACAUCAACCACGGCAGCAGCACUCGGGCAAUCUUUCUAGUUCCAUGUAGUAGAAGAGAAACGAUGGCAAUGGCCACCAUGGCUUCCAGUCGUCCAUUCUUGUUCUCCAAAUUCAGGCAUUGCUCUCGUACUAGUUACAAGAAGAGGGUAGUCCCACUUAGAGUUGCAGCUGCGGCUUCAAUCCCAUUUCAGCAACCCAUCAACGUGGACUACCUGGAGCAAGAAUUCAGUGGCCAUGGAGUCAUAUUCAAAGGCAUUGGUGACGAUUGCGUUGCCAAGAUGAGCCUUGACAAUGGCAGCAAAGCCAUCUUGAUGCUUCCAAGUGGCCUAAUCACAUCUUACAAAGCCACCUUGUGGCAUGGUGGCACUGCUGAGUUACUCCAGUCUUCAGUCUCCUAAGAAGCCAACACCAUCCAAGGAGGGGUGUCUGUGGCUUUGGAAUGUCUCGGUGAAGAACAAGUUUCAUGGUCUCCAAGUAUUUGGGCUCUUCAAGACAUCACAGGAAAUCCUCAGGACCCUAUUCAUGUAGUUCCAUCAUUGAAUCAUUGAUGACUUGUAUGAUUUCUUUGAGGAAAGAAAACGCCAACUUAAUUCAUAUACAUAAGCAUGUCAAUGCAGGUAGAAUUGAUGAGCACCGAUUACCAUGACAUGGUUCAAGUCAAGUACAUUGUGACGCUCAAUGACGAUGUCCUAAUCUCACAGCUUAUGGUCUCUAAUAACUGAUUUUUCUUCACUUAAACUAAGUGGGUGUAUAUUGAGCCAUCUGACAGUGAGCUCACCAAAUGCUACUUUCGCAGUUGGUUUGGAAAGAUCAGAUUUCUUGAGUAGGUUACCCAUUUUGACAAGUUCAGCUAUAAUUUGUUAGUGAAAUUACAAUAAAAACUAUAAUUUCAAAU